GUAUAUAGCAACCGUUUAUGUUAGGCAGUGUACAUUCGCCGAUUCGCUCGACUCGUGCGCAAAGACGUCAUACUCGAGUAUUGUGAAUUUAAUAUCAAUAAAAACAAUAUCUACUAGAAAAAAGCGCGAUAUGCAGUGAAUUCAAGUGCUGGAUUGCAGUGAAAGUAUCAUAAACUGAACCGAAAAAGUUACGUGAUAGUUUUUUUUUGUGGACCUUUGCCUGUUGCUGCACAGAAUACGUCAAACGAUGCCAGAAAACCUAGAAGCGAUUUAGAUAAGUCACAUAAAUUAUGGGAACUUCGAAAUCACUGGAUACUGAACCGCAACAAAUGGCAGAAGAGAAGAAAUCGAUAAAGAACCUACUAAAAAAGCCCUUCCGGGCCCUUUUCCAAAAGGACAAAUACAAACGAGAAAGCCUUAAACAGAACAAAGAUGUAGUCGUUUCACAAAACACAAACGAACCAAUCCCACCAAAACCAGAGAUGCAAAUAGCCGUACUUCUGGAGAAAUUCAAUAGGCUAGAAUUACAAAAAAAGGAAGAGAAGAAACAUGCAGAAGACGUAGAAGAAGAAGAUGAAUUCAAAAACUUCUCAUAUAUACUCGUAAAAGAAGAAGAUGAGAAGAGAUCGGCAAGGAUCGACUCACACUCCUCAGAAGACAGUGGCUUCGCUGAUAAAUGUACGGUUGAUUCUGAAGACGAAAAAGAAGACAGGAAUCUAAUAGAGUCUUUGAAUAAUUUAAAAGUAGAUACAGAUGUAGAGUCGAAUUCCAUAGUUGAGGCAGAAGAUAAAAAAGAAGAUAAGAAAAAGAAGAAGUUGCAAACGGUUUACGUAUCGAGAGGUCCGAUUAGGAAUAGCGCCGCAAACUUCGGAAGAUCCCUUUAUCCUUAUGGGAAAGAAAGCGCUGAAAAUGUUUACAGACAGAAUCAAGUUAACAAACAUACAUUUUCCGGUGGGCAAGUGAUAAUAACAGAAGAGAGACCGAAAUCCGAAAAUGUAUCAGAGAUCGACAUCGCUAUCAAGCAAGUGGAAAUAAACGUCCAGAACUUUUUACAUAACACCCAACAGGAACAGAUCGAUCGCUGGCAAAUCGCUCAGGAAUUCAUCAACGAAAGUUCCAGAACAGUCGACGAUAUUCUAUCAGAAUUCAUCGACCAGAGCAUCGAACUAACAAACGAGAUCACGAACUACACAGCAACAAAAUGCCCAUCACCAAACCCAGUCGAAGAAUUCUCAAAAGCGGACCACACUCAAGAGUACGAUAUAGAUUUAUCGAUGAUCGAUAGCAUCGAAAACCCAUCGAUAUUCCCAACCCCACCGCGAUCGGAAAACAUUCCCAGCCCUAUGUCAGAUUCCCAAGCCUCAUUCUAUCCAACGAAUUCCGACUAUACCCUAUCUCCAGACACGUCAUCCCCAAUUUACAACAGUGACUACGAAAAGUAUCAAGACUUGACUUCGAUUGAGGAAUACCCGAGUUGUGUCACAGAUAAUGUAGAAUCGGAUAAAGAGAGGUCUAAUAAGAAAAGGGGAAGGUCGUCUACUUCAUCAAUGUCGAUGAAGCAAUUUAAGGAUCUUCAGAAGGAGAUCGCUAGUAAAUUCUCACAGAAAGCGUGUUGUCAGUUGAACAGACGGCCUUGCAAGGAAAUAUUUACAGAGUACCUGCAUAAGUUGAAACUUGAAGAAAGAAAGAACAUUUGCUUGAAAGUGGCGCAAUUGGAUUUGCAAGCCUGUUAUGGGGUGCUCCACCACGUCUUACUGAACCUGUCAAAAGGCACAGAUGAGAACGUGAAUAUGUCCCUUUUCAUGCUCAUCUGCGAAAAGGUUCUUUCGAUGAAGCCUUUACUCUUCGUUUCGGAUUUCGGUCUGAGUCUCCUCAAAGCAGCGGUAAUAAGAUGCAACGCCCGUCCGAUCCUAACCCGCUACCUCGUCCAGUGCAUACGUACAGUCACCCGCAGUGACGCUUACAAACCCACCAAGGAAUACGUCUUUACUGAGGUGGACGCUCUGGGCGAUACUUUAGUUACGGCUUGCGCCCGAGGUGGAGAUUCGUACGCAGAUACCCUCGCAGAAAUAGUACGCAAUGAAGACAAAGAUGCACCAUUGUUUAACAUCCACCAGGCGAAUACUGACGGCUACACGGCGCUGCACGUGUGCUGCAGCGAGCACAGCGCGCGGGAGAGCGCCGCGCACGCGCUGCACGUGCUGCUGCGACACGCGGGCGCCGACCUGUGGCGCGGGGACAUUAAAGGCGGAGAUACACCCCUCCACGUAGCCGUGAACUCAGCUAACUGCGACUUGACGAUCAUUAUGAUACUGUUUCAAAGUAUCGAUAGGAAAGAAUGGAGGAGAUUGGCGCACGUGCAGAACAGAAGCUCCGUAACUCCGUUAGAAUACGCGCGGUCGGCCAUCAAGUCGGCGUCAAGGCAGAACUACCCUACCGAAGUCUUAGACUUUCUCAAGAAGUGCCGUUAACUAUGACAAAUAUUUUUUUAAACAAAAUAUACAAAUAAAAUAUAUGAAGAAAAUUAA